CCCCCCUUCACCCCGCCCCGACUGGUUCGAGCGCGAGCCUUGACCUGUCCCUCUCUCUCCCUCUAUUAUCCCUCUCUCCACCACGACCGACGGCGGCUCAAAGCUCGUUGUUGCAAGCCAGUAGCUUGCAACGACCCCUGGACCCACCACUUACCUCUUCAUCUCCACUUUCCCUCUGGGCCGUCCUCUUGAGCAGCCCGCCUCAUCAUGUUCUCCAGCUCUCAACCCCCGCCACCAAGUUUGUCUCAUUCAAGACGCACCGGGCCUGUGCACGACGUCGGCACUAUGCGCGAGGGUGAACCCCCUCCAAACCUCACCCCAGAGGAGACUGAGGCAAACAAUCUCCUUCGAUCCGUCCGCCUCAAAGUGGCGUCGCGUGACGCAGAAGCAAUUCGCCGCGCACGCUGGACCAUGAUCGAUGGCCCAGCCGCACGCAAAGUCGAAGAUACCUCUGCACCAGACUUCAACACCCUUCCACGCCGUGCAAGACCAAGAAUCCCCUCCGAGCCUAUCCCCGCCUCCGCCGCCAUGGGAGACGUCAGGAGAGAUCUCGGCGCAUCCCCAGCAGUCCCGCCACUACCUCAGCCUCUUCCCCCUUUAGCUGGCCGCUCGCCCAUCCCUUCAGCAGUGGCCGCAGUGCCGGUCUCCCCCAUGCCGACUUCGACCGCCCCGAUCUCAGCAACUCCCAUUCCCACAUCGCCCCUUCCGCCCUCUUCCAUGCCGGCGUAUCUCGCGCUAACUUCCCCUAUGCCCCCCGUUUCCUCCACCCCCUCUUCCCCACAGCCCCCGCAGACUUUCGUCGCAGGCGCUGCACCAACAGAAGAAACAGGCGACUCCUCGUAUGUCAUCGCUGUUGUCGGGCACGACGGUGUCGGCAAAUCGACUGUUAUUCGUCGCGCAAUGAAGACAUGGGGCGGCUCACUGCCAGUCAAGAAGCUCACCAAGGACGGUCAUGUCGUUCGGUCGAGCUUUGCCGAGAUCAAGGCAGGCGGCAAGCUUACGCACGACUGCAAGGUCGAGUUUGUUGAGCUUGGCCUAGUGGCCCUGGACCUGUCUGGAGGACCGGGUCCCAUUUGGCCGCAAGAGGUGUCACCAGUCUCUGGCGUCAUUCUUUGCUACGAUGCCACACGGUCAGAAACCCUCACGGGUCUCAGCGAGUCUCUCGCUCGACUAUGCCCCGACGUGCCCGCUGUUCUGCUCGCCUGCAAGUCGGAUCCCGACAAGACGCUCGAGGUCGAUGCUCACGUGGGCGACCAGAUCGGCCAUCCAUACAAUGUCGGCCUCAUCGAGGUCACCACGGCGACGUCACAAGGCAAGGGCAAGAUGCGAACAGGGUUGCGAUGGCUCCUCUACAAGCUGGAAGAGAAGAACCGGAGAAGCGAGGCACCUGUCGGCGCCAACGCCCCAUGGCAAAAGGGACAUCACAUGUCUCAGAGCAGAGGCUCGGUUGGAUCGGAUGAUCACCACUCGAGCUCGUCCAGUCUGGGCUGGAUGAUGGAGGGCGAGACCGCGACCUCUACAGAGGGAUCCCUCGAGUCCGAGUCAGUGGCGGUUGAACGUGUCCUGAACCCUGCCGAGGGCGUGAACAGUGCCGCUGUCGCUGCUGCUGCUGCUGUCGCUGCCAUCCCUCCAGCCGCUCUGGCCUCACAGGCCUCUCUGGAGCGAGGCAGCUCGAAGGCAGGGAAGCCCGACGGCGAGAUUUAUGUCAGCCUGCAAGAGCUGUUCAACCGCCUGUUCACUGCCAUUGUAUCCACAGAAAACGACCAGUUUGUCAACACCUUCUUCCUCGUCUACCGCCGAUUCUGCCAGCCACGCGAUCUCAUGACCGAGUUCCUUGAGCGCUUCAUCGAGGUCGAGCAGUACGCAGUGUCGCGCGACAUUCGGCUGUGGGCCUUGAUGAAGCUCGCCGGUGCAUUGAAGGACUGGGCCACCAAGUACCCUGGUGACCUCAUUGACCUCGAGACGCAGGCGCUCUUCCGCAAGACGCUGGGCUGCAUGCUCAAGUACACUUUCCUGGCACACGUCACAGUCGACCUCGUUAGCAUCGAGCAGGGCCUCGACAAGGUCGUCGACGUCGACCAGUCUUGGUCGUGCCGGCCGACCCUCGACGAGGCCAACCUCCACACGCCAGAGACGGCUGCUGCAUUGGAACUCGUCGUGGAGAAGGAUGGAAUCCUGCUCGAGGACGAGUCUGCGCCGUAUUCCAACACUGAUGGCACCACGCCUAUGCAGGACAAGUCGGGUUCGACCUACAGUAGAUCGUCCACGAGCUUGACCGUCGACCUCGACCCCAUGCCGACGACUCGCUCGGGCGACUCGGGUUCGGAGCAAUCGCGGUCGGUGUACUCGAACGACGAGUCGGGCCAUCGCAAGUGGUCGAGUGCGAUCAACGCCUUGCUGCACAUGGAGGCUCAGCACUUUGCUCUCGAGCUUACGCUCAUGCAGUGGGAGCUGUUUGCGGCGAUUAGGCCACGCGACGUCUUCCGCCACGACUUUGGCAAGGAGCGCGAUGACCCCGUGGGUCGCUCGAUCGACUUCUUCAACCACCUGUCGCGCUGGGUGUCGACGAUGAUCCUCGCGCACCCGAAACCUAAGGGCCGCGCCAAGGUGUAUGAGGCGUUUGUCAAGAUCGCACACCAGCUGCGCAAACUGAACAACUACGACUGCCUUUGUGCUGUCUUGUCAGGUCUGCGUGAGACUUCGAUCCACCGCCUAGGCCAGACACAUCAGCUGGUCCGCCUCGACGCGCAGCUGAUGCGCGACCAUCAGAGCCACCUCAAGCUCAUGGACGCACGUAACGGCUAUGGACACUACCGUCGCGCGCUGCAGGCCGACACGUCGUACAAUCACACGGCGAUUCCUCUCCUGUCUGCCAUUCUUGGUCUAGUAAGCCGCUUGCAGGCGGCGCGGACGCCAGACCGCCGCGAGGACGGCAUGGUGCAGUGGGACAAAUUCCAGCGGUUUGGUGAUAUUCUCAUGGCCAUUCCUACUUUCCAGGAGCGCGGGAGCAUGGUUCCGGGCAGUGUCAGCAUCAGCUUCCGCCGCUUAAUAGAGGCGACGCCGGUCAUUUCCAGCGAGGAUGGCUUGUACGAGCGUAGCAGAUUGGUAGAGCCAGGAGGCUCGCAGACUGGCGGCGUCCUUCGCAAGCUGGCCAACUUCAGCUUGUGAAAUGAGGUAUCCGCGCCACGACUCCUGUGAACGAGCAGCGCGCGUCGACGACUGGGGAACGACGACGAGAGACCACGACCCCGAACGACACUAUCAACAGAAUUGUAACAUUUAGCACGACUAUCACCCUGCAUUCAAUACCAACACUGUCAGAGUAGUAGGCAGGGAUUCG